CCUCCUCCACUGGAAGCCCCGCCCCGCUUCGCCGCCGCCCGCAUUCCUCUCCGGGUUAAAUGGAGAGUUCUAACAGAGCUUCAAGCUUUGGUAAUUCAGCUUACGCGAAUGGAAACGUAUCAUCUCCUUCCCCAUUCCUUUCUGAUUCAUCAUCAUCAUACCCCCACUCUCUUCCCAUUGCUUCGAAAGGGAAGCUGAAGAUGGACGAAGGAGUAAGCCACCAUCAGUGCUGUUUGUCUGAAAGCAUUCUAAUUGAUUUAGAAGAGCCUUUCUGGCUCGAGGAUCUUCUUAGUGAACCAGUGACAGCAGUGCAUAAAGGUCACCGGCGUUCCGCAAGUGACACCUUUGCAUACUUAGGGGCGGUUGCAGAGGAAUUGAAUGUGAAUGUGGGACCCAAUGUAAAGGGGUCAACCCGAUUUUCAAGUGAUACAUCUCUGGUAACUUCAGGCGAAAUGAUUCACAAGGCUUCAGAUGAACCUACUUCUGAGAGGGCAUCAAUAUCAAGCGGGAAGCAUAAAAAUGAGGAAUGCACUUCACAGAACACUGAGAGGUCACCCGAAAAAACAAACAGCCAGCAACCGAAGCCUUAUAUGUCAAAAGGGGAGGCAAAACGUGCUAAACAGCAAUCUGCACAUCGGUCUAGGAUCCGAAAAUUACAGCACAUUUCUGAACUUGAAAGGACAGUCCAAGCAUUGCAGGUAGAAGAAUCUGUGGUUUCAGCUGAGCUUGGGUUUAUUGAUAAACAAAACCUCAUAUUGAGCAUGGAAAAUAGAGCUCUCAUGCAUAGGCUGGACAGCUUAUCACAAGAGUUUGUCAUUAAACACAUGGAACAAGAAAUGCUAGAGCGCGAACUUGGAAGGCUACAAACUCUUUAUCAGCUACAAUGGCACCACCACCACCAAUCACGACCACCACCACACCAGCACCACCACCACCACUCAAACCACCGGCGUAGCAGAAGUCGGGAUCUUCUUGAAGCCCAAUUUGCCAACCUCUCCCUGAGUAGCAAUGAAGUUGCCUCUAGCAGGACCGGUCCAUUCACUCAGGCUGAGUACAUAGAUGCCGCCGAGGCAGCUAAGGAACUUGUUUGGAUCAAGAAGUUCAUCACUAAACUUGAAGUGGUUCCUAGUAUUAAUGACCAUAUCCCAUUGUUUUGCAACAACACUGGGGCCAUUGCACAGGCAAAGGAACCACGAUCUCACCAGAAAACCAAACACAUUGUACGAUGCUAUCACAUUAUACAAGAAAUCAUAGACAGAGGAGAUGCGAUGAUUUGCAAAGUAGAUACUGAUGAUAACAUAGUUGAUCCCUUGACCAAGCCUUUAGGAAAGCUAAAGCGGGUCACACUAGGUCCAUGUGCAUUCGACCGAUGCGAGAUUGGUCGUAGUGCAAGUGGGAGAUUGUUGGAGUUGUGCCCUGAUGGUCAACUGUUUUAUCUUUAUUCUAUCAUGUAUAUGCAGAUAUAAUAUGUUUACACAUCUCAUGCUAAUGUAAACAAAUGUUAUAUUUCUAGCUUUAUAUUUAAAAAUGUUUAUCAGAUAGUGUUUUUCUGUUGAUGAGACUAACAUCUUGAAAUAAAUAUUUAUCUGAAUGUUCAUAGUUGAGUAUUAACGAGAGUAGGAUAUCAUUAAUACAUGUGAGACUAGUGUGUGUUGGAUGUUCGACUUAGUCUCAUAGUCAAUGAAGGUGUGUUCGCAUC